AGCGUGCCAAAUCGCAUUUUCCAUUUUUUGACCCCACCAAAGAUUGAAAAGGAUACCCUCACGCAAAUUCGGGCCGUUGAAGUGUGUGCAAGUUGGGCUUCUCUUUCUUCCCUCCCCUCCGCAUCCAAGCUCCGACUUCCACGCUCGAUCGGUCCGGCCGCAUUCUUGCUCUCCGUCGUCGAAUCUCGUCCACUUCGCACUCCAAAAGCAAUUUAUCCUUUCCGUCGACGAGCUCGUAUCACCACCACACCGCAAUCAUGGCCUCCGACGCGCAACCUGCCUCCAAUGGCGAGGUUUCGAUUGACAGCUACGACCUGAUGCCCAAGCUGGCCGCGAACCUCGACCGCCACAUGGUCUUUCCCCUCCUCGAGUUUACCGCCAGCCAGCUUGUCGACGAGGAGUCAAAUGUCGUGAAGGAUGAGAAGAAGAUGCGCGAGAUCACGCAGGCCAAGUUCGAGCUGCUGAAGAAGACGGACAUGACCGACUACGUGGCCAACUUAUACUGCGAGCUCGAGGGCCUUAAGGAGCCGCCGGUCGAGUUUGCCGACAAGAAGCAGAAGGUCUUCAGCCAGCUGGAGAAGUACGAGCAGGAGACGGCCAAGAUCACAGAGCUUUUGCAGCGGGACGACGUGAUUAAUAACCUGCGGAGCGACAAAGUUGCCAACUUGGAGUUCCUCAAGCGUGAGCACGAGGUCACAAUCGAGAUGGUCGACGCACUCUACGAUUUUGGCAACCUGCAAUACAGCUGCGGCAACUACGCCGACGCGUCCGAGGUGCUGCACCGGUUCCGCGUGCUUUCCACAGACAACGACAAGGUUGCGUAUGCGACAUGGGGCAGACUGGCGUGCGAGACUCUCACCAUGAACUGGGAGUCGGCCAUGGAGGAAGUGCAGAAGGUGCGCGAGAGCAUCGACUCGAGGCUGGCCAACAACCCGCUCGCCCAGCUGGAGCACCGUACUGCGCUCAUUCACUGGGCGCUCUUCCCGCUCUUCAACUUCGAGAAGGCGCGCGAGCCCAUCCUCGAACUCUUCUUCAACGCCGGCUUCAUCAACACGAUUCAGGCGAACUGCCCCUGGAUCCUGCGCUACCUCGCCGUCGCCGUCAUAACAGGCCGCGGCCGGUCUAAGAACCAGGGCAUCCAGCAGAAGCAGAUGAAGGAUAUCGUUCGCAUCGUCAAGCAGGAGUCGUACGAGUACCAGGACCCAGUGACCCGGUUCGUGCACGCCCUGUGCGUCGACUUCGACUUUGAGGAGGCGCAGCACCAGCUGGUACUGGCUGAGGAGGUCCUCCGCCGCGAUUUCUUCCUGCUUGGCACUGCCGACGACUUUGUCGACGCCGCCCGGCAUCUGAUCUUCGAGAGCUACUGCAAGAUCCACUCGCGUAUCACGCUUAAGGACCUGAGCGCCCGGCUGGGCCUGAACAAGGAUGACGCAGAGAAGUGGAUCGUCAACCUUAUACGCGACACCAGGCUCGACGCCAAGAUUGACUACCAGGAGGGCACAGUCGUUAUGAACCACCCCCCGAGCUCCGUGUACCAGCAGGUGAUAGAACGGACCAAGGGCGGCUUCUUCCGCACCCAGGUUCUGAGUGCAGCGGUUGCCAGAUAGUCGUGAGAACAAUCCAACUAAAAAGACACAAAUAGACACUGCAUCAUUGCGGGUCAACUGCACGAGGCUAGUGCGGGUAACUGUGGUGCAGGGUACAAGCCCAGACGAAGACGCAGGCCGGGGUCACUGACGGAUCCGCGAAGCCUGACUUCGUGAGACUUUUGGUUGUAUCGCGACAUGCGGAGAGAAGGAGCGUGAAAGCAUAGGCAGUGGUGGUGGGCGUUUUCGUCAUGACUCAACCAAACUGCCAAAGCAGCGUUGAAUGCGAUGUAAUAUACCUCCUCAAGAGCGCAUGAAAAUGGUUAACGGCUCAUUUUUCCUCGAUGAAGGCAAACUAGGGCCCUCUUAUCAGUUGAGCAUCGGCGAGGGUUGGUUAUCGUUGGCUUUGAGUCUUGCUGCAUGGUAGCUCAGUUAAUUGAGAAUUCCGAGACGAUUGUUAUGUCAGAA